GGUGUGUGUGCGCGCGCAGUGCGGAGUGUGUGUGUUGGUGUGUGAGGCUGAGAGGAGUCUUCUCACCGAGGCGAGACGGACUGAAGAGCCGCAGCGGAGCAGCAGGAGAGCCGGAGAAGUUUGUAGAGGAGCAGCGAUGGCGGGAGAGACUCUGAGGAGCGCGCUGGUGGUGCUGGUGGUGCUGGUUUUGUCACUGGAAGUGUGUCUGGCUGGAAUCACAGUGAAGGUGACUCCUUCAGUGGACGUGAUUAAAGGAGAGACCGCCCGGCUGCCCUGCUCCUACACCACCACCGACAGUUCUGCCCCCACCGUAGUGAAAUGGUUCAUCGAAAAUCAAGGUUCGAGGAAGCGCGUAGCUUUCAGAUCCUCCACAGACUCCGGCGUGGAUAAAGACACGCCGUUAGCAGGGCGUGUCAUUAUAGAAUCUGACAUGACCCUGGUGAUCUCUCAGACCAACGUGGAGGACCAGAGGAGCUUCUACUGCCAGGCCAGCGGCCCUGUGGGCGUCAAGGAGGAGGAGACCAAGCUCAAAGUUUUCUUUGCUCCAGAGAAGCCAGUGGUGUCCGGCCAUGAUCAGACCAUUUUAAUUCAGGGCAGUGACUCCUCCUCUCAGGUUGGCACGUGUACCAGCAAUAACGGUCACCCGCAGCCUCGUAUCAUCUGGUAUAAAGACGCCGUUCCUCUGCCGGAAGUGACGGAUACUAAAGAGAAGACCUACAUGGUGCCGCGGGUGGUGAAGGAGUCCUCAGGUCUGUACACCGUCUCCAGCUCUCUGUAUGUGCACCUAACAAAGGCAGACGCCAAGUCAGUGUUCCACUGCACCGUGGAGUACACCAUGCCCAACGGCAUGGUCAAAAAAGAGAGCUCCGACAACUUCAGCCUCACACUGCACUAUGCAGCAGAGAAAGCCAUGUUUACGCUGUUAAAUUCUGGCUCCAUCAAAGAGGGAGAUGAUGUUCAGCUGAAGUGCGAGACGGACGGAAAUCCUCAGCCUAAGUUUGAGAUGACCUCGGAGGGCAAACCGUUGGAGAAUAUUAACGGCUUACUGGUUCUGAAGAGUGUGAAUCGGAGUAACUCUGGCACCUACAAAUGUGAAGCUCUGGACUUCGAUGCUUUGGAUCCAAGUGCCCUAACAAAAUCUGUUACCAUCAACGUGCACUAUCUGGACCCCGUGUCUAUUGCUCCAGCCGGCCCGCUGACGGUUAAGAAAGGAACCGCUGUGGAGGUUCAGUGUCAGACCAAAUCUCCUGAUCAGUAUACACUGGUGUGGACCAAGGAUAAUAAGGAGCUGUCUAAGACGGGCGUGUUGAGUCUGGAGACCGUGACUCUGGCCAGUGCUGGUGAAUACGUGUGCACAGCGUCCGUGCCCUCUGUACCCGGCCUGCAGAAAACUGCUAACAUCACCAUCAGAGUCGAAGGUGCCCCUGAGAUCGAGGCGCCUAAGAAAGCUGAGGUGCAGAAGGAAGGUGACCCGGUCAAUUUCGAGUGCUCCGCUCUCGGGUAUCCCGCUCCACAGUUCACCUGGAAACCUUCUGGCAAAGAGUCAGUGAGAGUGGAAGGACAUAAGACCAUCAGCAAGAUCUCGCUCCCGGCCACAGGUUCAGUCCUUAAAGACGGCGUCAUUUGUGAGGCGUCUAAUUCUCACGGCUCAGACAGCAAGAAGUUCCAGGUGGAAAUCAAAACAGAGAACGCUGCCGAUGACGGACGAGGAAGCCCUGUGUUUGCAACAGUUGAGACGCAGCAGGGUGGCUCCAGCGGUGUCGUGAUCGCCGUGGUGGUGUGUGUGCUCCUGCUGCUGCUCCUGGUGGCGUCGCUCUACUGCCUCAGCAAGAAGGGAAAGUUGCCGUGCAGCAAAAAGCGGAAGAUGGAAGUAUCUGGGGACGGGAACAAUGCUAACAUAGUGAUGACGGAGACUGGCGAAAAAGAGAAGCAAAACGAGGGGUCAGGACUGCUCAACAAACAGCAGGUCUAAUAACAGAGAAGAAUGUGAAAAAGAAGGAAGAUCAUUAGAGAAGAUGGAAGAUGGAACAGUGAAGGGUCUGGGGUGCCUUCUUUUUCCUCCAAAAAAAAAAAUAAUGGCACUGACCUGAAGGGGGCGUGGAGAUGAAUCUGAGCUGUACAUUUUUUUGGAUGUUUUGAAAGGGGGUUGAACUGGGGAUGUUGAUGAUGAUGAUGAUAAUAGGGGGAGUGGGGUUAAAGUUAGGGUAAAUGGGAGGGACUUGGGAGGAACACAGUGGGUGGGAUUUUGAUAGAGGGUGGAGCUAUGGGACGUAGGGUGGGACUGGGAUUGGGGGCCUUAUACUGGAAAAGUGGUGUUCUUUCGCCACUGGGGUGAGGUAAAUGUAAAUGGUACAUUAUUUUGCUACAGUGUCAAGUCAAUCAAGCCAGUCUUGUGUCUGUAGAUCGCAACUCGAUUUUUUCUAUUGUCUAUUGGUCAGACUAUCUGCGGAAAAAAUAAAGCACUGGCAUCGUGACGCAGCAGCAGCAGCAUCAUUAAAAGCUUCCUGCACUGCUCCCGGCCGAGUCCAAGGCUGUUAGAUAAACUCUUGACCGUGCAUUUCUGCGCAGAUUAAUUCUACAUUAAACAGUCCACCCACUGUUCUUUCAGCACAGUUCCUCCCACUGUAGGUUCACACAUCUGUGGUUAUCUCAAAAAAAACAAAAAAAACACUGUACUGAUGCUUCCAGGGACGCAUAAUCCACCCUGGCCAUGACCUGUACAAUCAGCGCGAAGUCACAUGCUACUGAAACGACUGGUCACUCUUUUCCUUUUUGUUUUUAACUCCAUUUGUAUAGUUAAUUUACUCUAUUCACUUCCUUUUUAUACCCAAAUUAGACCUCAACUGUUUGUUCCCUAGAACACACUGAAUGAUUAUGCUAAAUUGUAGACAGAGAUCAGGUCUUGAGUCGUUGAAUUGAGUUGAGUUGAGUUGAGUUGAGUUGAGCUAAUCUGAGUUGAGUUGAGCUGAGUUGAGCUGAGUUGAGCUGAGUUGAGUUGAGUUGAGCUGAGCUGAGCUGAGUUGAUUUGAGUUGAGCUAAGUUGAGUUGAGCUGAGCUUAUCUGAGUUAAGUUGAGUUGAGUUGAGUUGUGCUGAGUUGAGUUGAGUUGAGUUGAGGUGUGUUGAGCUGAGCUGAGUUAAGUUGAGUUGAGGUGUGUUUAGCUGAGCUGAGUUGAUUUGAGUUGAGCUGAGUUGAGUUGAGUUGUGGUGUGGUGAGCUUAGUUGAGUUAAGUUGAGCUGAGCUAUUCACUUUCUUUUUAUACCCAAGUUUGUUCCCUAAAACACACUGAAUGCUUAUGCAAAAUUCUAGACAGAGAUCAGGUCUUGAGUCAUUGAGUUGAGUUGAGUUGAGUUGAGUUGAGUUGAGGUGUGUUGAGUUGAGUCGAGGUGUGUUGUGUAGAGUUGAGUUGAGUUGAGUAUGUUGGCUGCCUCAUGAAUCAACUUCUUAACUGACUUGUAUGUAUAUUUGACUUUUUCAUAGUAACUCGACUUGGACAUAGCCUUACCAGACUCUCAGACAAUUCUGAACUGAACUUAGGUUCACAAUUAACUGACUCACAACUCAAGUUGGAUUCACUUGUUCUUGACUUCCUCAAAAUUGGACACAUUUAUAAAGAAUUUGUGACUUUACUCAGGGUCAACUCAACUUGGGUUUCACCAAUAACUACCCAACUCAAAUUGGAUUCACUGUUUCUUGACUUGCAACAUUAAAUUGGACACAACCUUGCUAGAUGCAUUACUCCAGUUAAAUUUGCCAUUAUCUGACUUGCAACUCAAAAUUGGACACACCCUAAAUGGAUUCAUGACUCAAAUUGGAUUCGCCAUUAAGUGACAUACAACUCAAAGUGGACACACCUAUAAAGAAUUAGUGACUUUACUCAGGUUUACUCUUAACUAAGUCACAACUCAACAUAGAAAAGCUCCUAAAUGUCUUGUGAGUUUUCUCAGGCUCAUUCUACACUGUCUUUUAAGUCGGUCACAACUCCAUUUAGAUCACAACUCCACUUCUUUUAACUAACCUGCAACUUGAAUCAGAUUCAUGCUUGCCAGACUAACAUAUCUGAUUAAGUUUGUGACUUGUGUCUCGGACUGACCCUACUUCAGCCAACUCAUGACUCAACUAAAAAAAUUAGUACUCAAAACUGUCUAAACUCAAAAAUCUUCAUGUGGUAAAUUAUCAAUAUGGCACGAUACUAUUUCCCACAUAACAAGACUUUAAUUGUAGAAAAUCAUUUUUAAUCUGAUGGACAGAACAGAGAGCUGUAUGCAGUAAAUAAAUGGCGCCAAACAUAUUCAGUUUUGUUAGCAUGUAUGCUAGGUUCUAAUAUGUUUCCGAAUGUAUUGCAACUGCUAUACAAACCACAUUCUAUCCAUCAAGUUCACCAGUUCAAGUAUUCUUCACCCUGUGUAGCUCCUCAGUUCUGUUCUAGAAGAUCUCAGCUGAUAAAGAGACUAAACUACUAAAGACUCGAGACUCUUCCUCACAGGAAGCCACUUGUGAACAUCUUAAAAAAUCAGUGAGCUGAAGCCAGAAGCCUCGGGUUGAGAUGGAGGGAAAGAUCAGAAAGAAAGAGAUAGAGAGAGAAAGAGAAAAUCCCACGACAUACAACUUUGUUCUCUCAUGGAAAGCCCUGUGAACUUCCUUCCUUCAGCACAACUUUUAACUCAAUCUCCUCAUUUCCUCCCCGCUGAUCUGGAUUCCUCUGCUCGGCCCGGUCAUGUUCUGAGAGGCUUCUCAAGCCUAAGCAUGUUAAGAGGCAGUGGAGAUGAGUACAGAGCACAAGACCAGUCUUUAACUGGAUUUUAAACUGGGUUAUAGCUUUGCGACAGAAGCCUGUAGCCUGUAGUUUGGGUUCGUUGCUUGAGGCGGCGAUUUUAGUGGCAGAUUUAAAGUGAUAAUACAGACAAAAGCUAUAUUUACACAGUUUAACCCAAAUCUCCCAAAUGUAGCUCUAGUCGAUGGGUCAAGACAUGUUUUUUGACUGCAGUGAGCUAAUGCUAAUGUAGCUUGUUUUGCUUUGUAUCUACCAAGCUUCCAUCGUGCAAAUUAGACCAAACAUGGCUUAACUUCUUGAGUAUAGUAGUGCAUCACAAAAAUGCUACUUUAUUUCAGUAGUUCAGUUCUAAAUGUGAAACUCUACGUAUGUAUAUCAUAUAGGUGUAUUAAAAACACAGAGUGAUCUAUUUUAGGCGUUUAUUUAUUUUAUUGUUGAUGAUUAUGGAUUAGAGCCAAUGAAGACCCCCCCAAAAAAUCAGUGUUUCAGAAAAUUUGACAAUUAUAUAAGACCAAUGGGUACUUUUGCUGGCCAGUGUGGGUAGCGUGCCAAGUCCUGCUGCUGGAAAAGGAAAUCCACAUUUCAAUAAAAGCUUUCAGCAAAAGGAACUGUUAUGGAGAUGCAGAUCUCAUUUUCCAGCAGGACUUGGCACACUUCUCAAAAUGCCAAAAGUAGCAAUUAGUGAAGCACUGAUUUUUGGGUUUUCAUUGGCUGUAAGCCAUAAUCAUCAACAAUAAAAAUAGAUCAUUUUUUUUUGUGUUUUCAAUACAUCUACAUAAUAUGUGAUUUUCACAUUUUGAACUAAUUAACCGAAAUAAAGAAACUUUUAAAAAAUAAUAUUCUAUUUUUUUGAGAUGCACUAGUAUUUAGGAUUUAAAAUUAAUAUGUAUGUGCUAAAUUUUACUGGACAUUUUAAUUGGAGCAAACUUCCAAUUGGACACACUCCAGGUUCCUAAAAUUACUUUAAUUACUGGCAUAUUUCAGCACUUCUCAGCCUAAACUAACUUAGUUGUCGCAUGAUGAAUUUUAAUUGAUAAACCUGAACCUGCCACUAUUGUUUCGUAGUAUUAACAGUAUUAAAUAAACACUAAAAAUAAACACCUAAUAAUCUGCAGUUUACUUACAUACUCCUUUAACAAACAAAUAAAUAAAUAAAUAAAAAACUUCAGCUAGAUUAGCUGCAUAGUUGCUAUACAAGCUAACUGGUUCAUUUUUUGGUACAUUUUAACACAUUUUUCUGCGUGUAGCACUUCAGUUCUGUCCUACAACAGGUAAUAACUUAUAAAAAAUUAAAAAAAUAAAUUAAAUUAAUGUAGACGCCAAAAAGAUUUUCCAAAUUAUAGUGUUAAUCUAUGGGAUUUACUGGGACUAGCAAAGAAUUUGCGGUAAUUUGUUUAUACAACUUUGUAGAAAUUUGUAUGUGGAUUUUUUCCAGCUGUAUGAAAUUUGAAUUUUAAAAUCAUGUAUUUAAUAUCUUUUUAGAAUUACACAAAAUUAAGCAACUACCAAAUUAAUUCUUUAAUCAAUUUGGUAAUUAACACUGCAGAUAAAGCAAAUUAGAACGGCAGAUUUAAAGGUAAAAGAGGUUAAAAGACAGUGGGAUGUUCCUUUAAUGAUCUCUACUGUUUCUCUUCCCUCCACUCUCGCCCGUCUCAGCCCGCCUUCAUUAUUAUUUACAUAUAUCAAACUGUCUAUUUAGUGUUUUUAAAUGCCUUCAUCUUUACAUUAUACAUUAUCUUUACGGCUGUAUAUUCGUGGCCUAAUUUACUGUGUUCAUACAGUAAAAAGAAUCACCAAAAAAAAAAAAAAAAUAGUAUUCAGUGUCAGGGACAAGCAGGGUCAACCACAGCAGAUUGUUGGGGAACGUUCUGAAUUUAGUUCCGAGUUAAGUUUAUGACCACUUCAGUUUUGCUCUUUAUUUUAUUAUUAUUUUUUAUUUUUUAAAACCAAAAAUAUAUAUAAGAGUAAGGUAUGGGGUGUAAAAAUAGUAAAAAAAAAAUGUUUGUGUAAUGUCAUAUUUUAUUUACCAAGAUUUAUGAUUUAUGAUUUUAUGAUUUUAUGCUUUGUGUUGAUGUUUUAUUGUAUGUUACUGUACUUUUAUUUCUAUUUUUUCUGUUGUUGUUGUUGUUAAAAGAGUGCAAGCGCUUGCAGUCUAGUUGAAAAGAUAAAACUGGACUUCACUGCAUAAGUGAUUAAAGGGGAAGAUUUUCCACAGAUUGUUCAAUAUAUUCUGCAUAUAUUUCAGUGAUUAACAUCUACAGAGUCAUUGAGAGAAGAUUAGUGUAAAAGUUUGUGUUUUAGAGACAUUUAUCAAAUCAGAAAUGUUCAAAGGGGUGGUUAAAAGGUCUAAAAGUCAAAUAAAAGCUAUUUUACAAAUCGAAAUUACAUUAAAUGAUUAGGAUCAUGUGAUAAAUUCAGCAAAUUUAUGUAUUUUAUCCCAAAAACUUUUCAAAUAUGCAGAAAUUUUAAACAAUCUGUGGAAUUCUUUAGUAAAUGUAGGCAACAUGUCUGAUUAAUGCAUUAUGUGAUUGUUGUGAAAUAUCUAAAGAUUAUUUUAGCCUAUUUCUGGAUAGUUUUACUUAUUUUAAAUGGAACUUUAAAUUAAAUUGUUACAAUAAUUAUUAAGAAAUUUUAAUGAAAAUUAGAUCAUUUAAAUUAAAAAAUGUAAUUGGACUUAAAUAAUAAUUCAACCAAGUAUUUAAGCUACAAUUAUAUAAUAUAAUGGAGGAAAACGUAGAAAUUAAUAACAAAAAAAACACUUUAUAUUAAGUGUCUCUAAUAAUGAUGUAGUUACACGUUAAUAAUCCAUGUAUUAACAGUGUAUUAACUACUGGUUAAAUACACAUGUGUAUCAGUGUCAGAUAUAUAAUUUUUUUGUCCAUAAUUACAUAGUGAACUCUGAAUCAUUUUAUUUUUAAUGUUAUAAAACAAUCACACAAAUAAUUAUGUACCAGAAAAUAACUUAUUCUACACACACACAAUAUUAUAUGUGAAAAUUUACACACAAACACACACUUAUGACACAUUGAGGUAGACUCAACCUGUAACACACUAGUCAAAAAUGAAUAUGACAUAGAAAUAAAAAAAUAACCUGUAUAACUGUAAUAAAGCAGUAACUAUGCAUACUAAACAAGUAAUUACACUGUUAUUACAUGAUUAUUAAUGUGUAACUACAUAGUUAUUAGACAUACAUAUUAAAAAGUGGUACUAAAAGCUAUUUUGGACUAAUUGCAUCAUUAAAUUAGCCAUUAGGCCUUAUAUGAUUUGACAUGGAAUGACCCAGAAAUCAUUUUACUGCGUAAAAUGUGUCUAAACAUAAAUUUAAAAAAUAAAUAAAAAGUGAAUAAAUAAUCUUUAUAAUAAUUAAAAUUCUCACAACUCUCUCAGAAUGAUGAAUAUGAUGUAUGUUGUCAGCGUUUGAGAUGCUAAUGCGUGUGUGUGUUUUUCAGUCACUGCUGUUUUGAAGCUUGUGUGAAUCCCCUGUAUUCAUUCUCAGCGGAUAGAUAACACACACACACACACACACAUACACACACUUAUUCAUAUACACACACACACUCACAUUUGCGACGUGCCGUCAGUCACUUAAGCUCAUCACGCGUCAGAACCACAGCUAACACAGACAACGCUGCCUUCAACUGUCCGGCUUAGCUUCAAAUGUGAUUAGCUUCACACACACACACACAUAUAUACACACACACACACACAUACACACACACACACAUUCUGUGCUUGAAAAAAAAAAAAAACAUGUUGAUUCCUUGACGCUUUAACCAGUAUCACAUGCAGGGUUCAGUUUCAGCAGUUUCUAAUUAUAUAAGGCUGUGGAGGGGGGCGUGGCCAUGCCAUAUAUGGAGCGGGUGGGUGGGGUUUUGGUUUGAGUUCGACUUUUUUUCACACAGUCUUGCAUGAUGAUGAUGAUGAUGAGUUACCUAAAGCUUUGGUAUGUAUAUGUAUAUACUACGUGCAUCAGCCACACACACACAUAUAUACACACACACACACACACACAUAUACACAACAACAUACAUACUGUACAUACCCACACACACGCAUACACAAAACACACUGGCUUGAAAAUAAAUCAUAAUCUCUGAAUGUUCGUACAUCUUUGAUCAUCUCGGAAUAAAACACUGGUGAAACUGGUGUUGUGCCAAAUUGAGCACCCCAGCCAGAAAAAGCACCCUCUCUCGGAGGUGGAGUUAAAGUGAUUUUAUGAAGAACUGCCAAGAGGGGGUGCUUUUCAUGGUGGGGGUGCUCAAUUCGGCACAACACCGGCUCCUAAAAUAGCUUUUAUAAACCAGCUGAAUGUUCAUAUUUCAUAUUCGUCUACUGAUCUUUUCCAGCCAUAGCUUCAUGAGACUGUUAUUCAGAUGUGAUUGAGAGUUAUGGUAUUUUUUUUUUUUUUGGUUUGUUUGUUUAUUUCGGGUGUAUUCUGAAAUUGGAGCGCAGUUAUUAAUAAAAUGCAAAAAAAAAAAACUUUUUUAUUUUUUACAAAAAGAAGCCUUGUGUUGAAACUACUGAAUUGUUGCUCCUACAUAUCUAUAUAUUUUUAUUUGUCACUUCCACUGGUCUCUCGAGUCAGGUUUAGACAUCUCGCCUUGUUCUAUGGAUUAUUGUGACUGCUUUCCCCUUCUCAAUGUAUUGUAUAUUUUGUGAUAUUAGCUGUGAGCUUUGUAGCCUGUAAAUCCCAUUUUUUUGUGGAGCUGUGUAGAAUUUAUACUGACAUAAAGAAAUCACCAAAACA